AUGGAUUUUCCUCUCAGUGCGGACUAUGCAUACGGAGGUGUUGAGUCUGAGAAAAUCAUUACAGAACUAGUGCCCCUCGAUGAUCUUGCUAGAGGAAGAACGAGACAAGGACGUCCGCCAGUUGCCCUAAACUUUAAACCACAGGGUUUCCUCUACCCAGUGGGCUAUUCACCUCUCGAACUCCUCUUUGCACACAAUCCAAUUCUUACUACUCUUAUUGAAACGCUCACAACGCCAGCACUGCUCUGUUUGUGUUGUACGUCUCGCACUACACGCUUUUAUCUCCACCACCAAAAGAGAUUCUUCCUGAAUUUGUUUUUGGUUUCUGAUCAAGAGGGUGAGAGAUGGACGGUGCUGAAAGGAAGAAAGGAUGCCCUUAAGGUCUUCGAUGAAGGCUUCCCUUGGCAGGUUGCGGUAGAUGAUUUUGCAGAGCUGAGACGGGUGAGGAUUACUCGGAACGAACGCAAAUUACUUCUGGCCGUCUUCUUGCAUCCUUUCAUCAAGGAUUCGCCAAGGCUAAACCAAUUAUUCAUCGGUACAGAUAUUGGGACAGCCCAGGUGCAGAUGUUAAAGAGAAAAAGAAUCAAUCCAAAAUACAUACCUAGUUUUAUGUCGAGACACCUUUAUUGGAUGCUUCAAAGCAUACCAGUAGGACGGGACCUGACGACAUUAGUUCUUGAUGGAACUAGUAUCGAGACUGAACAUACGAAGCCCCUACUUCCACAGAUUGAGCGUACAUUGCGGGGUCUAUCUGUUAAAAACUGCAAAAACCUGGAAUGUUACACAUGGUCUGAAUGGCUCUUAGAAGCUAUUGAUAAAUCACGCCCAAUUGCUCUACAAUGGCUACACAUCUGGGGUUCUGGAAAUACACCUACAACUGUUUUUGAUUUUAUCCGUCAUCCCGAGCCCUUGGAACCUCUAGAGCCACAUGAAGAUGAUCCUCCAUGUAUCAACCUCCCAAGCUCAGAAGAAUGGGUUCCUAAAGCAAGCCCGUUUGCAAAUGUUAUUCCCUUAAGAUUCCAUUUACAGAAUACUCUAAAGCUCUUACCACCAAUGAGCUUAGUCAACAGGGAGCGCGCUAUGAACAUAAACCAGAUGGGAGAGUGGUUCCUUAUAGCCUCCCCGUACCUGAAAGUACCGGCAGCAUGCACACACAUUGUGUUGCUGAGAUUGAUGCUAGAAGAAACGAGGGUGGGACAGUUUGUCAAAACUGCGGUUUGUGGGAAGAUGAGCUUAGUCCUGAAACACUUAGGGGUGAAGGAGAAAUCAAAGAGUAUGGCGGUAUACAGAUUGGCCCUGCUAUCGGCAUUGGACGACUUGCUGUUGGAUCAUGUUGUACGGAUUGUCUUCUUCUGUCCAUCCUGCACAUUCAAAACGAAUUCGAACCCUCUCACGACACCUCUCAACCCCCUGGCUGCCGAUCCUCCUGGCCCUAGUCACUUGAAAUGGACUUGCUCCCAAUCCAGACAUGGACCAUACUGCAUCGAUUGUGAAGACAGCGAAAAAUCACAUUUGACUUGCAUCGACUGUCACGGUUCACUUUGCUAUGGAUGUCACGGCCCUUCUGGAACCACAAUUUCUUCAAGUCUUUAUACUACAGAUGGUUGGACUCCUGAGAUGGAAAAGGAUCGCUUUGGAGUAGUUGGCAGAAUCGACGAAUGGGAAAUUGGUGCAUAUCUGGGCUGGGGUGGGAUGGAUGAACUGGAGCCUGAGCCAUCAGGCUUACAAGCACAAUACUCAAUGGAUGAAUCCACUCAAGUGCGAGACGCAGAUGGUCAUUCCACACUUGCGGAUAUCAAUAAUACUGAUAAACAAACCGGCGCUGAUCAUAUUCCCGAGGUUUUCAGGGGAACAUAUGAACCAAUGAGCUCCUAUAGUAACAUAAUGUCCGAUGUUCUUGUCUCCCUCAAUAGCACCUCUCGAAAGGUUAGCAGAGGCCCUGCUCCUGCUCCUCCUCUUGCAGAACCUCCUAAAACAACCUCAGGCGAUUAUGGCGACCCUUUCAGGCGCAUGUGCGAAACUCGAAUCUGGGAACAAUGCGCACGCUGCGGAAUCGGUACAUGUGCCGGAUGUCUUGGUUACGAGGAAGAUCUCUACGAGCCCGGAGGCCCUAAAUACAUCAUUCAAGAACCCGAAUAUCGAAGCUGUUAUGCUGGUUGUGGGAAACGCUUUUGUGUGUCCUGCAUAAACAGACCGACAAAUGGCCCUGGAGAGUUAGUGUGUGGCGCUAUUUGGACCGUCGGCAAGGAUUCUGAGUACCAAAUUGAUGAGUUUCUUUACCGGGACCUUGCCGACGUGCCUGGAGAUGAGACCAAUGGCAAGAAAGGCGUCAAAGGGGUACGAUGCGGAGCUGUUUUAUGCGCAGAAUGUCAGGAUAGCGAGAUGUUAAUUAGACCAACUAUUUUACAGCGACCGGGGGAGAUUGAGGUUGCGAAUGAGAAAGAGAGGGAAGGGGUGGAAACGGAAAGAAGGCGGAAUGAUAGGAGGGGUGUAUGGUUCUGUGCCAGGUGUGAGUUGGGCAUUAGGCCGGUGAACAUGUGA